AUGGCUUCGCUGCCGAAUCCACUGCCGGUGGUGCUAUGUGGCAGACGUGCCGAGGUAGGGAAGCCUGUGGCAGAGCUAUUGCUUCCUGAAUAUGAAGUUGUUCAUUUCAUUACGACGAACGAGGCUUGCUUGAGUGACAUUCCUCGCCUUCUGUCGGGCCAGAAGCCUCAGUCCGCUGAUGAGAGUGGCGUGGGCACGCAGAAUUACAGCAAGACCGCGCGUGCCGUCAUUUUUGGGCGAGGAUAUGAUAUAACAGAAGUGGAACAGUUUCGCAAGGCAAGCGAUGGAAGUAAUGUCCACCCUGUGGCUUGGAUUACUGGCGAUCCGAACAGGAAGCCUGGCCCCAAUGAUCCUCCCCCUGGACCAGGCUAUGCUCAGUUUGCAGCGGAGCAGGUGAAAGGGAAGCUGAAUAAAUGGAGGGAUGAGGGUGCUACUAAGGAUGGCAUUAUUCUAUGGUAG